ACACGAAAUCGUCUUCCUCGAGGUUCGGGCAGGAUUCUUUCCUCUGUUUCGCGUUUGUUUGAGCCUGAUUCUUCAGAAUCAUUCCUUCAAUUAGAGGAUAGCAACACCUCUUUGCUGGAUUCUGGAGACUUCGACAACGAAGAGGAUAGUUGUCUGCUUCCUAGCGAGGACUCCAGAUCAUUGUCCUUUGGAGAGACUUUUGAACGUUCAUCCUCCACCAAGCUGCAUCCACACAGAACAUUUGAAGUUGCUUCGGACGACUUAUUUUCUACGGAGCCACGGAAUAUACGUCAGAAAGAUGAAAGUGAAGCCUCUACCAGCUCAGAAAGUGAAUGCGAAAAUGAAAGCGAAGCUGAGCGUGACCAAUUAGCAGUACUGGACAGUGUGAUGACUCUAUAUGACCUAGAAUCGGUCAAGUAA